CUAUAAAGUAAUGUUGCAUGAUAGGAGAAAUUUAUCCCACUGAAGAAGAAGAACUAAAAAGAAAACUAAGAAGAAAAGAGUAGAGAAAUGGCAGAUGCACCAGGUGGUUGGGUACCAGUCACGAACAGCAUUGAGAUCGAGAUUCUUGCUCGCUUUGCUGUUGAUGAACACAAUGAAAAAGAGGCAGCUCUAGUGCUUGUAAGGGCGAUACAUGCAUAUAGUAAGGUGGUUGCAGGAGUUGAGUACCGCGUUAUUUUGGAGGCAAAAGAUGGUGAGAAGGCAAAUUACUAUGAAGCUGAGAUCUUUGAGGGGUUGGACCACAUCAAGAAGCUGGUGGAGUUCAAGCUCCUCGGACCUAUCAUCACUGAUUUGGAACAAUUCCAUGCCGCAGGUGGUUUGGAUGGAUUUGUCUUGAAAAAUUCUUCCAAUGAUGAUAAUGGCAUGAGCCUGGAUUACCUUGCUCGCUUUGCUGUUGAUGACCACAACAAAAAUAAGGACAAUGAACAACUGGUGUUUGUAGAUGUAAUAGUUGGAUAUGUUUAUCCGUCUUUAUUCAGCUCAUUGUACCACAUCCUACUGCAUGCAAAGAAUAUGGCUGGGGAGACUAAAACAUAUUAUACCGUUAUCUACGUGUUUGCUUCAUACUUCAAACAGGUGAUCGUGUUCAUCUAGCUCGCUCAGUGCUAGUUGCAGCAUGCUAGCUUCUGUGGAUUGAUCAUAAAUGUAGCGAUGAUGAUUUGCAUACCUUCAGUUCAAUUUUGUUCAGAACGCACGCUACAUAGUUGUGGAUGUCAUUUGUCAUGUAUUUCAGUUAUUUUUUUUCGGUGUGUAAUUGUGUGAAGGUCAUGUAAUAUUUCUAUUCAAAAAAAAUUGUAUGUUGUUCACGUUGACGUUCCUUCAAGAUGAUGAAAUAAAUGUUUUUUUUUAA